UCUCUAAAAUAUAUCACAGGGGAUCGAGAAAAGGUGUCUCUUUUUCUAUUCAGACGGGAAGAAACUUUUUAUUUUUUAUAUUUUUUUUACUUUAAUAAAACCUCCACACCUCCCCGGGGGAGAGGCAGGCAUUCUCCCCGCCGUCCAUGCACCAUGAAGCGGCCGUGCGAGGACAGCAGCUCGGCAGAAAGUGACGCGGAGGAGACCAUCGAUGUGGGCAGAGAAAGCAUUUCUCCAGGACACAUGAAGACGUCCUUUAUGGGAUGCGGAUCACCGACGACCACCACUCAAGUGAUGGCGAGGAAAAAGCGCAGAGGGAUUAUCGAGAAGAGACGCAGAGACAGAAUCAACAACAGUCUGUCGGAGUUACGGAAGCUCGUUCCCACGGCGUUCGAGAAGCAGGGCUCAGCUAAGCUGGAGAAGGCCGAGAUUCUGCAGAUGACUGUGGACCAUCUGAAGGUGCUGCAGGCCACUGGAGGGAAAGGUUAUUUUGACGCCCACGCUCUGGCGCUGGACUUCCUGUCUCUGGGUUUCCGGGAGUGUGUGACGGAGGUUUCCCGUUACCUGAGCGCCGCGGAGGGCCUGGACUCCAGCGACCCCCUGCGCUCCCGCCUCCUGUCCCACCUCGCCUCCUGCUCCUCGCAGCGCGACACCGCCGCCCUCACCAUCACCUCCCACUCCUCCUACCCCCACCACCACCACCACUACCCCCUCCAGCAGCAGUCUCACCCGUUAACUCACCCCUUCCACCCCCACCACUGGGCCGCAGCUGCUGCUGUCGCCACAGCGGCUGCGUUCCGGCCUCCGGGAUACGGACUGAGCGGGCUGUGCGUUUCUCCGGACACCGCAGGAGGCGGAGCCCCCCAGAGGCUGGCGGAGACAUCCCAGCGCAGCCACGCAGACUCCACCACUUCCUCUUCCUCCUCCUCCUCCUCCUCCGCUCACACCCCUCUCUCCGCCUCCCUCCUCUCCCUCUCGGCGUCGUUUCCCAUCGCCCUCCACGGAGGAUUCCCCAUGCUGCCUCCGGCCUCCUUCCCCUCCUCCGCUACCACCACCACCACCAGUCCUCCCAUCUCUUCUUCCUCUUCCUCUUCCUCCUCCUCCUCCUCUUCCUCCUCCGCCCAGACUCCUCGCAGCAGCAGCAAUAAGCCCUACAGACCGUGGGGAACUGAGGUCGGAGCUUUCUGACCGUUGACUAACCCUCAAACUGUUUUAACAGCCUGAAAAACACUUUUUAUCACCAGCCAACUAAUUACUUAUAACCCUCACUUAAUGCGUCCGGUAUACUCGCCGUACCGGACCUGUCGCACACCAGUGUGUCGUCACGGGAGCGCCGUCACUGUUUAUACUCGCGCGUGGUGGUCGCGACACUAGUUGCAGUCUUCUCCUGAACAGAGGUGGCGCUAAUGAGGAAAGGCUACUGACUUUGCU